AUGAGUAGCAGUUCAUGGCAACAUCCAUUUGUUAAUAUAUUUAAACAUUUUGAUAUAAGUUCAUCUAAAAGAUGUGUCAAACAAGGGGAUAUUUCUACGAUCAUAGAUCGUGAUCUGAAAUCAGUUGUAUAUCGUAUACGUGGUUUAGUACCAGAAAAUAAUUAUAUUCAAUUUCCAUCUGAAUCAUUAAAUCAAAAUCUUAUUUUAACAGGUCGUUUAUUUUAUGUAUUAUUUCGACCAAUAUAUGAUAAAUACUUUUGUAUACAUAUUGAUAUUCUAACACAUAAACAACAUCUUAUACGUAUUUCAUUAUCAAAUUUAUAUCGUGAAUUUAAAACAACACAAACAUCUAUUCAAUUUCCUUAUAUGACAACAGGUACAGAUAUUCAUUGGUCGGUGUUAUGUUUAGAUUUACAAACAAUUUUAUUAACAUAUAUGACAAAUGAACAUUAUCAUAUGAUAAAAUCAUUUCAAUUAUGUGGAAAUAUGUUUGUUAAAAAUUGUUUUACAUCACAAUUUUUAUAUGAACCUGGCAUUGAUAAUGAUACAGCUAAGCGAACAGGUCUAACACGUGCUGGUAUACGUUCAUUACCACGUGAAUUAUCAUAUCCAAUUGAUAAAAGUGAAACUUGGCAUGAUAAAUAUGAUUUUAUUAUGUUUCCAAGUAUGUCAUCAUUAAUGGGUAAAAAUCCUAAUGAACCAUUUGAUAAAGUUGGUAAUGUACGUUUACCAACACCAAGAAAAUUAAAAACAGAUGACCAAAAUUUAAAUCAAAUUGAGCAUGAUGAAUCAUUUCCAGUAACUGCUCAAACAACACUUGUUAAUGGACAAAUUAGUACAUCAAUAACUGAUUUAUCACAUAUUACACAUAGAUCUGUAUCUCCGGGAGAUAAUCAGCUCAAUUGGCGUACAUAUAAUAAUCCAGUUGAUCGUUUUCCAUCGUUACCAACUAUAAAUGAUUCUUCUAGUUCAUUUCAUAAUAAUAGUAAUGAUGGUAUUCAUCUAUUUGUUCAUCCAGAAUCGAUUCGAUCAGGGUGUUCAAUGACUGAUAAUUCUGAUAAUGAUCUUGCUUUAACAGCUGAUCAUUCUCAGCAAUCUCAUCAUCUUAAAACUCUUCUUCCAGAUCCAAUACUUCGUUUACAAACUGUUAUUGGUCUAAGCAGUGGUUUCAAUAAUUUAUUAUGGACACAAGAUGGUAAUUAUGUACUUUAUUCAUCACAUGCUAUUGUUGUUCAAAUGCAUAUUGAAACACAGCAACAAUGGUUUUUUAUUGGGCAUACAGAUAAAAUAAGUGCUAUUGCAUUUAAUAGUAAUUCAUCAUUAUUAGCAACAAUACAAACAGGACCCAAUGCUAUUCUUCGUUUAUGGAAAUUCGAAAAUCGUCGUUGUAUUUGUGCUAUUCGUGUUCUUAAUACACAUGAUUUACAUGCACUUGAUUUUGGAGUAGGAAGUUCUUCUUCAUCUCUUGUUGUUGUUGGUCACGAUGAACAAUCUCAUACAAUUAUUUCUGUUUAUAAUGUAUUAAAUGUAUCUAAAUAUUCCAUGGAAUUAAUAUGUCAAGCAAUAACAAAUGUAUCAAUAACACAUAUACGUUUUAUUCCAUAUGAUACAACUAAAUUUAUAUCGAUUGCUUUAGAUAAUAUACGUUUAUGGCGUAUUAGAAAUGAAAAUGAUUUAAAAUCAAUAAAUAUAUUAGUGAAUAAUAUUGAUCAUUUAGAAUAUAGUGAUUUACAAUUUCAACAUUUAUCUAAUAAUAAAUUAAAUGAUUUAAUUAUUUAUAUAGCAACAAAAUCAGGACAUAUAUUAGAAUUAUUAUAUGAUGAAAGAUGUAUAAUUAAAGUUCAUAAUUUAUCUGAUAAAAUUAUCAUGAAUAAAGGAUUAUUAUUUAGUAUAUCUGCAUUAGCAUGUACAAAUAAUUUUUUUAUAACAGGUUCUAAUGAUGGAUAUAUUCGUGUUUGGUCAAUAGAUUUUUCUCAAGUAUAUAUUGAAGCUAAAUAUGAUCAAACCAUUUGUGGUUUAGUCUCAUCAUAUGAUCAAACACGAAUAUUAAUUGUAACAAUAUCUGGAUCACUUAAUAUAUUAAAUCUUGUUACAAAAUCACAUUUAAAUUUAAUGCGUACACAUAUUAAAUCUAUCACUGAUAUUGAUUAUGAUGAUAUAAGAAAACAAUUAAUUAGUGUAGGACAAGAUGGUACAAUAAGAAUAUGGUGUUUUCGUACUGGUAAACAAUUAUCAGAGUUUACUUCAGAACGAGAAAUACCAUUGAUUGUUACAUAUACACCAAAUCGACAAAUAUUUGCUUGUGGAUUUAAUAAUGGAACAAUUAAAAUAUUUGAUUUAAAUACAUCAAUUAUAUUGAAUGAAAUCAAGUGA